UGGCACCAGAGCUAUAUAUUGGGAGAAAAUAUUUGGCUGCUGCUGAUACUACUACUAUUUUAUAUAUCUGGAGAGAGUAUUUGACAACUACUACUACCAUUUUACAUAUCUGGAGAGAGUACUUUACUACUGCUGCUUUUAUAUAUAUGGAGAAGAUUGAAUAAUGGAAGAUUGGCUGAAGAUGCAUAGAAGAUGGUUAAAAUAGGAAAUGCUUGUUUAAAAUAGCACGUGAAUUACAUAAUACUGCACUGAGAAUGUAGGGUACUUUCCAAAAAUGCUAGCACCCUUACUCUGCUGUCCAACAGGAACUUUUAAUGCUUUUUAAACUACUGUACCCAUGAAGUGAAAGCACUAGUGUGUCCUGAAGAAUUAAAUAUUUAGGACAGCUGACCUAUGGCGUUUUGGAGGAAAGCCACCCUUUCUCGAGUUGAAAAUCCUUGUUUCCUGCUUUUCCUGAUAAUCUUUCAAGCAAUAUUUAUCUUGAUACUAUACAGAGGCAGCUCUUCAGUUGUGCUUCAGGAUCAUUUAGAUAUGCCUAGCCCAGUGGACUAUUCAAAAACACAAGAUGUGUAUACAAAUCUUAGUUUGUAUACUCCUGCUCCUGAUAAAGCAACUAUGCGAUACUGCACAUCAGACACAGUGAUGAAUGUUGGACCAUUAACAAUCACCUUUGACAAACUACCCAGUGAAAGAACAAUAAUUGACAAAAAUCCAUAUGUCCAGUCAGGUGGCUGCUAUAGCCCUCCUCAUUGCCUGACCAAUUACAAAACUGCUAUCAUCGUACCACACAGGAAUCAGGAGAAGCAGUUGCGCCACUUUCUCUAUUAUCUUCAUCCCUUCCUCCAGCGUCAGCAGCUUUACUACUGUAUCUACUUGAUCCAUCAGGCUGGAAGUGGUCCAUUUAACCGAGCAAAGCUCCUUAAUGUCGGAGUCCGUGAGGCCCUAAAGGAUGAUGACUGGGACUGCCUGCUUCUGCACAAUGUGGAUCUCAUUCCAGAGAAUGAUUAUAAUUUCUAUGUCUGUGAGGAAUAUUACCCCAAACUCAUGUCCUCUGCCAUUGAUGUGUUCUAUUACAGCUUGCCCUAUUGGUCCUUUUUCGGUGGUGUAACUGCUUUGACCCCAGAACACUACAUGAAGAUAAAUGGGUUUCCAAACACUUACUGGGACCGUGAUGGUGAAAACGAUGACAUUGCUGAAAGGAUCCAAAUUGUACAAAUGAAAAUAUAUCGGACUCCACUUGUUAUUGGACGAUAUAAAAUGGUGGAUGGUAAACAACCUUCUAGUCCUUUACAGGACAUUAUAAGGCCUGUGUUACACACUAGUAAAACAUGGAAAGAUGAUGGAAUGAAUUCUCUUGACUUCAAACUUUUGGUAAAGAAGAAGCAUCCUCUUUAUACAAACAUUACUGUGGAUAUUGGAGCUGCACCCAUGAUGUUUCCUCAGGACAAAAAAGAAGGGAAUAAAACAAGUUUUGGCAAUUUCUGAGCCUUUUGUAGUGUUGCAGUUGUCUUGAGAACAAAAUAUUAUGGGGUGAGGAGAUGGAGGCCUGGAACAGAUAAGAAGCUUGGAGUGGCCUGUGUCCACUCCAGCCAUGAGCGAGCCCUGAUCGAUGUGGGACCACAGCAACCAGCCGAUCUAGGGGCAUGCUUUAUCUGCAUGCCACAGUCCUGAAGCUGCCAGAAGCCGCUUUUUCUUGCCCAUCUGUUUCAGGCCAUAGAUGUCCAUCUACCUGAGGAUGUAGGGUUUUUUUUCUGUAAACUACAAGCCAUAAAAUUCUCAGGAAUGAAAACCACACAUUUGACUUAGGAUAUAGGAAGCAACUCAAUGAGCCAGGCAGCAAGAUGACAUUUCUACUGUCAGAGAAGUGAUGGGCUAAUUAAUACACAGUGUUUUCAACAUAUCAAAACCCACAGUAUCCUAAACACCUUUGUUCUGGCAGCAUACCCCUGAAAAGGUACCCCAAACUCUGCUAACACUAGACAUGGCCUAGUGAUUUCCUUUUGCUUUGAGGUCACUGAAGGGAAAAUACUAUCUUCCCACGCUGCCAGUAGCAGAACUUGGGAAGCAACAGGAGGGCCUCUGUAGAAUCCUUCUAUGGAUUACUCUGUACAUGUUAUAAAGUGCAGUAUUUACUGAACCCCACACACUUCUUAUUUUGAACAAAUCUUAAGUCUUCUCCAACUUUGAUGCCUGAAGAUAUUUUGCCCACAACUCCUGUUAGCCCGUUGAAGGGGACAAAUGACCAGGGCUGAUGUGAGCUGUAAUCUAGAGCAUUAGGAGAGAUCCAGGUGGGGGAAGACUAUUUUUGGUUACAAUGAGUAGGAAUUGUGCAUCCCUUCAGAUGUUUGGUUGCAACUCCCAGUAUUCUCUGUCCAGGGUUGGUAGAAGUUGUGGUCCAGCAUGUGAAAGGCCACGUAAUUCCUACCCUAGAGUUAAACUUGUUGGUACUUGUCAUUACUAUCCCCUCAAACAACUGACUAUAAAAUAAAUAGGGAUAUUUCACCUAUUUUAAGCAUCUCAUUAUAGCAUGUUCUCCACUGGAAAUCAAAUUUUCCUGCAGCAACGGUAAGGCAUUAAGACUACAGUUAAAUGUUAACUAUAUUUCAAAGUAUUACUUUUGUAAAAGUUUAUUUUUCAAUGAAUUUAAAUAAAUUUAUUGUCUUAUAUAAGAAA